GCACUUCUGCUCUUCUCUCCCAGCAGUCCUUCAGCUCGAGACCGACCACACACACACCCAUCCCUCUCCACAGAAUCAACGACAACAAGAAGAUGCCUUCCACCGCCACCCUCAACUACUUCGGACUCCCCGGCCGGGGCGAGGCUACCCGCGUCGCGCUCGCCUACGCCGGGAAGGAUUUCGAAGACAACCGAAUGGGGUUCCCUGAGUACGGUGCCUGCAAAUGGGCGGGCAAGGGCCUGCCCGUCUUGGAGAUGGACGAUGCCGAGUACACCCAGUCGACCGCCCUCCUCCGGUAUGCCGGCAAGCUGGGAGGCCUGUACCCCGACGACGCGCUCGCCGCCCUCAAGGUGGAUGAGAUCGUGAUGAUCGCGGAGGACGUGUUGACCAACAUGUUCAAGUGCAUGGGCCAGGAGGACGACACCGUAGCCAAGGGAUUGCUCGAGGGAAAGAUCAAGACCCUGGUGGAUAUGCUCACGUCAAAGCUUGCGGCUAACCCGUCCUCCAAGUUCUUCGUCGGCAACUCCCCCACCAUCGCGGACCUCCAGGUGCACGCCGUGAUCAAGAACUUCGAAGCGAACUUCCUGACGGGUCUCCCCACGACCCACAUCGCGGACACCGCUCCCACGCUCAUGGAGAUGCAGGCUGCUCUCUUGGAGGACCCCAAGGUGAAGGCGUACUACGCUUCCAAGGCUUAAACAUACACCGGAUAUAGGGAAGGGCUUCUUCACCCACUGGCGACGGUCGGCAUGGCCGAGGACAUUUGAGACUCGCGCGGAUGCGGCAUGUGCACAGCACAUCUCUGUGGUUGACCUAUUCCCUGACGACAGUGGUACAUACUGUAGUCACAUCUUGACGCCGUCCCUUCCGUGUGUAUUUGGCAUUUGUUUGCUGUAGGGUAGUAUGCGAUCAGGAGACCUGUGUGUGAUAUCUUUAAGUUUUGUGGAGCGUGGUGUGUAUUUGAUUGGCGUGGCGUGGUUUGUCUGGUCAGCCGCGGGCGUAACGCACAACUCUGCUGUCGGCUGGCCGAGAACUUUUGGUUCAUUCGAGUGUGUCUGGAGAUAGCAAGUGCGCGAGUGAGAGCGAAGGACCUAUUUUGGUUGUUUUGCGUGGCUAUUCCAUGCUUUCGCAGGAGCCACUGGAUGCAAAUGUAUGAGCGCACUCCGGCCCCCAGCGGUGUAGCUAGCCGUGACUCGGUACAUAACACCCUGGUAGCUUUAUGCUGGCCGUUGAUGCUUGUCGGAUCUCUGGUACUAUAGUGCGCGCAGCUGUUGUGAUGUAGGUCGGGUGUUGUUAUCAUUGAGCGUUCUUGCGGUGUUUUAUUUCAGCCACCAGGAUUGCAUGCAUGCAUGUGGUUUUCAGCGAUGUUGCACGAGCUUUUUCGGAGUACAUUGGUUCAGGUAGGGAGAGACCUACUCUGUGAAAGAUGAAUCCGUUGACAGCGUGGUCUUAGGGUAGGUCUUAACGAAGGCAUCAGAUCUCGAAAUCACAUUUUGAUAC